AUGAAUCUAGGUGCGGCGGAGGAAGAAUCGCCGCAAGAAAUUCAUAUUCCGGCCGAAAUCGAUUGGCAAAUGCUCGAUAAAUCUAAAUUCUUCUUUCUCGGUGCGGCGUUGUUUUCAGGUGUUUCCGCUUCUCUUUACCCUAUGGUUGUGUUGAAAACUCGUCAACAGGUUUCUCAUUCGCAACUUUCUUGCAUCAGAACCGCAUUUUCUCUUGUCCGCCAUGAAGGUUUCCGAGCUCUUUACCGAGGAUUUGGUACUUCUCUAAUGGGAACUAUCCCUGCUAGAGCUUUAUACAUGGGAGCUCUUGAGAUUACAAAGAGCUAUGUCGGAACUGCCACCAUUAGAGUCGGAUUUCCAGAAACUAGUGCAGCUACAAUUGCUAACGCAGCUGCUGGAUUGAGUGCUGCAAUGGCAGCUCAGCUUGUAUGGACUCCUGUUGAUGUUGUGAGUCAAAGACUCAUGGUUCAACCUAGAUACAACAAUCUCAAUUCCCCCUCAACUCAUUACAUCAAUGGAAUUGAUGCGUUUCGAAAGAUCCUCAACGCCGAUGGCAUCCGUGGCCUCUACCGAGGAUUUGGGAUAUCGAUUUUGACCUACGCACCGUCGAAUGCCAUGUGGUGGGCAUCUUAUUAUGUAGCACAGCGGCUGGUUUGGGGUGGAAUUGGGUGCUGUUAUCAUGCAAAGAAGGUUCAGGUUGAUGAAGAUAAUGAAAACGGAGGUUGUAGUAGCAAUGUCUACAAACCCGAUUCCAAAACUGUGAUUGCGGUUCAAGGAGCGAGCGCAGCGAUGGCAGGGAGUAUAUCAGCUUUGAUAACAAUGCCACUCGAUACAAUCAAGACGAGAUUGCAAGUGUUAGAUGGGGAUGAAAAUGGGAGAAGAGGACCAACUAUAGGACAGACAUUGAGGAAUUUGGUGAGGGAAGGAGGAUGGACGGCUUGUUACCGAGGCUUGGCACCACGGUGUGCAUCGAUGUCGAUGUCUGCAACGACAAUGAUCACUACAUAUGAGUUUUUGAAACGGCUAUCAACAAAGAAUCAAGAGAGUUUAACAAGCUAAAGCGCAUAGCAGGAAGAUGGGAGUUUUCAUGGUGAGUGAAGAUUGUCAUUUUUUUAAAAAACUGUUUCUGAUAAUUUUCUUCUUGGAUUUCUUUUUAUUUCUUCUUUCUUUCUAAUUCUACUUUAAUGAAUCCAAUCUGAAUCCUACCUUGUUCAUAUAAUGUAAGGCAUAGCCAUUGUUCAUAUAUAAAAUGUAUAGAAAUAAUUACUUUCUGUAAAA